ACCCAAACGCUGGUUUCGGCCAUCUCUGAGUUCAAAAUACCUUGAUCAUAGACUCUCAGCCUACACAAAAGCAUUCAAUCAUUGCUCUACAAACGCUGUGUUUUGGUCGAUCUCCGAGUUCAAGGUAGCCCGAUCAUUGUUUACAGAAGAGCAUUCAACCUCUAUUUACAAAAAGGCAUUCAAUCACCCAUUCUUGAAACGCUGCGUCUCGGGCGAUCUCUGAGUUCAAGGGAAAGCAGUCUGAUGCAAGUGGAACCAAACCAUGCUUCUUUAUAAGAACUCCUUUGAGCAAACUUACUAUGACAUUCUCUCUGUCAAGGAAGAUGCAAACUAUGAAGAGAUCCGUGGAUGCUACCGAUCCGCCAUCCUCAAUUCCCAUCCUGAUAAAUUGCAAAAGACAACAGAGACAUCCAAUACUGAUCCUGAGUCAGGAGAUAGAUUUCUGAAAAUACAGAAGGCUUGGGAAACCCUCAGUGAUCCAAGGUCACGAGCUGUUUAUGAUAGUGGGCUGCGAGCUUCAAGACAGGAUACAGCCACAGCUGAAGAUCUCAGCUUAGAGGAUAUGACAAUUGAAGAUGAUGGCAAAGUAUUAGAGCUCUUUUACCAGUGUCGCUGCGGUGAUUACUUCUCUGUUGAUUCGUCUGAAUUGGGGGAAAUGGGGUAUGCUGUGUUUAGGGACGGAAGCAAGAUCUCUUUACAGACACCAGAUUCUUUGCCCGCAUCGUUUAUUCUUCCUUGUGGGUCUUGUUCUCUAAAAGUCCGCCUAUUGAUUAACGCAGAUACUGCAGUAGUAGUUUCUGAUAAUCUGUAAUUUGUGGGAUUAAUUUUUCGUGAUCGAGGGCCUCAAGUUUUUGAUUGAAGAGGAGUUGAAACUAUCAGGGCAGCCUUUCCACAUCUGUUGGGAGCUUCCCAGCAAAAUUUUGAUUUGAAAAACGGCAUGAUAUAAAUUUUCUUUUAGUUUUAA